GUUUUCAUCACGACGUUCAAAGGACUAAGAGACGGGCAAUUGCUUGCUGGAACAAACAGGAAGUUUUGAGAAAAGCUGUUGGAUUUGUGAAGAUUUGAGAGUUUGUGUGCUUUGGAGUAGAGAACAUCGGGGCGUGUGAGAAGUGCGCGAAAAGGGAAGCGCUCGACAUCUCGCUGCGCACACCGUCAACUACGCCUGCGACUUCUCCUCUUCCUUCUCCUUCAUCGACAGAUUCGCCGAAUCGACACAUGUUAACGGAGCGACAGGCUAUAUGCUUUGGCUGAUAGGCAAUCUAUUUACAAGGAUAGUCGCCGCUCCGUUCAGAGGAGCGGCGGCUCCACGACCGCGACCGAGAAGUGGUGGUGGUGGUGGUGAUGAUGGGAGAGGAAGGCAGUGGUGGUCCAGAGCUGGGACAAGCAGGUUCUCGUCGUCGAUGGCGGUUGUUGCGUCUGCGGCAGUGGGUGCGUUGGCGCUGCCGGAUUUGAGCGCAAAGAUAUCACAGAAAAUAGCGAGUUCGCCGGGUUCGGUCGCAAAGGUUCAGGAGUUCACGUCUAAAGUCGCGUCCGCUGAUAGUUCCGCGUCGGCUGCUGCUACUUCUGCUAUUACCGUUGCUACCGAUGCUACUUCUCAGGCCGUGAAAAGGAAAGGCGUGGAAGCGAGGAUGGCGAAAGUGGUGCAGAAAUUGGCGUACAAGUUUGACGUUUUGUACAACACGAGUAUAAUCGGAGACGCGGUCAAGAAAGUCGCAAAGGAUAGCAUGUGGAUGCCGUACCAGCGGAGGGUGAUUCUUAAAAGUCGAGAACAGAUACAUUGCGAGCAGGUGCAGUUUUUGGAACAGUGGAAGAGGAUAUUCGAGCGGAGAUCGAGUAUACUGAGGCCAUCAUAUACAGCAGGAUAUAGGCUCAAGACCGAGUCGUUACUUCCAAGCAGCCUGACUGAUGUGUUUCGAGAGCAACAGACGCUUUUCGAAUCGCGAUGGAACAAACUUGCGGUGGAGGCUAUGCUGUCAAGGUCAGACCGGUUAUUAUACCGAAAACUUAUUCGGGAAAACGUUCCGCUGCAGAAGCUCAAGGCCAGCGAGUUAUCACAGAACAGUGUCAAAUUCAUGAAAACGAUGGUGGAAGAGAUGGAGAAGAACGUCAACAGGUGGCCCAUGCCGAAGCUGAUCGACAGCAACGCGGCACUACUCAACAAGUCUGUGAACGACGUCGUGAAGAACACGGGCGGCCCGCUGCUUCUGCGGCGGCUGGCCAAAACCUUCCAGAAGUCCUCUCAUGCGCCUAAUCGCGAGACUUUUGCAACGAUCAUCCGGCGGCUGGCGAUUGUUCAAAAUCUAACACUGGCGGCGCUCAUUGCGUUCGAAUCAAUGCUCGAGCUCGGGUUCAUGGCCACGCCCGACGUGGUCAUCAGUCUGAUGAAAGCCGCUGUUGACUCGGGUAACCCCUGGAUCAUCGAACUGGCCUUUGGCGCCGUCCUUCGGCAGUCACGAAUGGACUCUGUCGAGAACGACGUCAUGGCCGAGAUUUUCGAAAACAAAGCCGUGGUCAACGCGCUGAUGAACGCAUGCAUCAAACUCCGCACGCCGCAGAUCUACGACUCUUUCAGAGAGGAGUACAUCCGUCGGGGAUACAAGCCCACGCUCGACACGAUCCGCGUAGAGAUCCGCUUCGCGUACAUGAUGCACAACGAGGAUCUCGCCCUCGCCGCGUGGGAGACACUGCAGAAUAUGGACUCGCGCGGACUGGUCAAAGCAAAUCCCGACUGCUGUUUUUGGAUGCUCAAGACCGCCGAGCGCAGGGGCGAUCUCAAGCUUAUGGGCGAAAUCGUCAAUAUGGCGACCAAACAUGACUUUUUGAGUAAACUGCUCGAGUUUGUAUGUUUUCCAUUUAUUGUUGCUCAGUGCUCUGGCAUACGUUGCUAACUGUUUUAUCUCCAUACAGGCCCGACGAGACGUGAU